UUCCCCUUGGUAAUGGCAGCUUUCUAUGAAGUGAAGACGUGGAAAGCUUCACAGGGAUAUUCACUGGAUUCAGUGUGCGAGUCGAACAAUAUUUGGUGAUAUCCAGCUAUGGUUGAAAGUACCUGUUCCUAGUUAGUGUUCUUCCAAAUUUUUCUGGUUUGAUGCUGGAGUGUGGUGCAAAGGUGUGAGCUGUGGGAUGUGGUCAGGCCCCCAACGGGUCCCCACCUCAUAAGACAGGUCAACAUGAUAGAUGGUGAGGGACCCGUGCCGGAUAAAGUUCAGCUAGCGGAGCUCGGACAGCCUACCACAGCCAUGGCUGGGGGUCAGAGAACGCGCAAGGCGAGCACGGCGGAGAAGGAGAAGAUGGGCCUGCUCAACGUGAGGGCCUUCACCUUCCUCAUCCUCUGGUAUUUCUUCAGCGCUUGCACACUUUUUCUCAACAAGUACAUUUUGGCUACGCUGAAGAGCGACCCUACUUUGCUUGGAGCCAUGCAGAUGGUGAUGACCACUGUGUUUGGCUUCAUCCAGAUGUAUUUGCCCCUGGGUAUGUAUACUCCCAUCGCAAGGGAGGGGAAGCCACCCAACUUCUGGAGGAACAUGAUCCUCGUCGGAACCAUGAGGUUCUCCACGGUUGUUUUAGGCUUGGUGGCUUUGAAGUUUGUGGCGGUGUCUUUCACCGAAACGGUUAAGAGCUCGGCACCGCUCUUCACAGUGUUCAUCUCAAAAGUGCUUAUAGGAGAGUUCACGGGGUUGUACACCUUCAUGUCUCUCGUGCCCAUCAUGAUGGGUCUGGCCCUGUGCUCAGCUUACGAGCUCAGCUUCAACAUACAGGGUUUUGUCGCUGCAUUAGCCACAAACCUAACAGAAUGUUUACAAAAUGUGUAUUCCAAAUUGUUAAUAAGCGGAGAAAAAUACAGAUACACGCCGGCGGAGCUCCAGUUCUACACAAGCAUUGCCAGCGUGGUGGUUCAGAUCCCAGCCUGUUUCUUCAUGAUGGACCUGGACAAGGUGCGGCACACGCUGGACAUGACUCUCCUCUCUUCGCUCCUCAUCAAUGGUGUCUUCUUCCACUUUCAGUCCAUCACAGCGUACGUCCUGAUGGACUACAUCUCCCCUGUCACUCACAGUGUGGCCAACACAGUGAAGCGAGCUUUCCUCAUCUGGCUGUCUGUGCUUCUGUUUGGCAACCCGGUGACCUUCCUCAGCGGGCUGGGCACGAUCACGGUGACCAUCGGCGUGCUACUCUACACCAAGGCCAAGGACCACGACCAGCGCCUGCUGGAGAUCCGCGAGAAGUACAAGAGAGACGCCGGGGACAAGGAGUUGGUGGUCAAGGAAGUCUGAUGACGGCUGGAGUGUUAGGAGAGUGAAUGUUAUGUGUAAACGAGGCUUAUGUAGAUAUAUAAAAAUAUAAAUAUAUAUUGCUUAGUAUGGCGCUGGUGGCUGACACUUUAGGAGAGUGAGAGUUUGAGUAAAGGAGGCAUCAUAUUUAUACAUAUAUAUAUCAUAUAUAUUUUUAUAUGAUGCCUUAUUGUUACGGUGAUGGCUGAAACGAUAGAUUGAGUGCGUGUGCAGAUAAUUUCGAUGAUGGAGGUUGUGAUAAAUUUCACUGUCUGAUUCUUAUUUGGUGAGGGAUAAAUGGCAAAGACAUCCCAGAAGAUUUCAAGAUGAAGUUUCAACCCCUUGUGCAAUGAGUUUGCGGCACAAGAAAUUCAGAAAAGGAAUCACUGUGCGUGCCACCCCAACAUGGAUACAGCUCAGUCCAUUUGUAUUGGCUUUUCUGUGUUGUGUGGGAGGAUUAAGAGAAACUGUUGGUCACACACUUUCAAAGGCUUUCUAUACGGCUUGCUGUAGAAAAAAGAUUCUACGAAUGUCUGGUACACUUUUAUCGUAUGUGGACGAAGACAAGCAAAGACUGAAUCAUCAUACUCAUGUAGGAUGUGUUUGUUCAUUUUUCUUUUGCUGACUUGCCAACCAGGAUGCUGCUGUGUAUCUUAUUAGUUAAAAAUAAAAAACCAAUGAAAAUGUACCGAUGUAGGAAGAGCAUUCGUUAUGCAUUUUAUGUUUGGGUCAAAUCCCCCUAUCCCUUAUCUCGUCCUGAACUGCGUCUUUGGUGUAGCGUUUGACUCCUCACCAUUGCGUAUAGAAAACGUAAGUUCAGUUUUUAUGUAGAAAAGGUUUUUUAAAAAGUACUUCCAUUUAUCUGUUACCACAUUGUAUUCCUCUCGGCCCAGGUCGAAACUUGAUAGGCAGGGCUGAAGCAGCCAGUCUGGUAAAUAAUCUAAAUUGUGUGGAUAAAGGCGUGAAACAUCUUCAAUUCUAUGGAACUAAAUGAAACAUUGAAAAUUUUAUUUCUGAAAUAGGCAUCUGGUUGGCAAGCAUAAUCUUUUCCCCACUGCCUUACAUGUAUUGAGAAGGGAUGGGAUUACACAACACAGUCCAAUGAUUCAGAUUGUUGGCUUCACUACUGUUUGUUUUGUAAGUUCGUUGGGAACUGGGAUCUCUUAGAAAAUUACUAACUUGGUAUGGUGUGUCUUGAACUCUAUAAGCUCCAGUCUUUCUUAAUGAGUGUGUCUGUAGUUAUGUGUACAACUGAGGAAUGAAGUAAUAUAAGUCUGAUGGAUGAAAAAAGACGAGGUGGCAUUUGCUUCACUGCUGGAAGAAAAAACAAAUCUCGUGUUUGAUAAUAUCUUCAUUGGCUGGUACCUCUGGCUCCCUAUAUAUUUCCUGCAGAAACUCUGGUCAAGAGAUCUCUUGAUGUUUAUAUGUCUCUCGUUAUGAUUUUGUAUUACUUUUUAGCUAUUGUGUGCUUCAAUUUUAGUAUGAGUUAUAUGUCCUAGAAUGGGGGUAGUGAGAAACAGAUGGUUUGAGGGUGCCAUUGGGAGGUCCUGCUUGUUUACUCUCUCCGUUUGUUCUGUCUUUUUGCUAGGUCUAUUUGCUUCUUUCCUGUGUAGGAAAGAGUGGUGUAAAAAUGUCAGUGACAAUUCCUGUUGAUGUCAUAACCCUUAUCUUUUUUUUUCUUUACCCCCAGCACCUGGUAACUUUUUGUGUGUGUUUAUUUGAUGUCUUCUAGAAAACCAAAAGAAUAGAAAAUACAUUGCCUGUGCUUCUUUUCUGGUCCCUUUUGGGGGGAGGGGAGACAAGGAUUCAUGAGCUUAAUUGAAAUAACAAAAUCGAGUCACAAAGUUUUAAAAUCAAUUUCUAUUUACAGGAGCUAGAUAGCGUGUUAAGGUAAAGAUCUGCUUUGACUAUUCUGAGCAAGGGAAGUUUCCUACUGAGCAAAAUUAUCAAAGCUUAAGGACUACUAGACUGCUUUUGUGUGUUUUUAAUUAAAAGUGUAAUAUUCCUCUGAGAGAAUAGAAAUUUUCCUUGUAUUUCUGCGACUUCGACUUCGUUUGUUGCUAUGAUGAUUCCUCCUCGUAGUGUUCUAUCCUAGUGCUUUGUAUAGCCUCUAGAGUGUGCGUUUGGUUGGCAGAAGACUUCAGACAGGAAACAAUGCUUAUUUGCUUUUGUUUUCAGCAGUGAAAUAAUAAAAGUGUAACCCUGUGUGUAUAGCAAGAGUUGAGAUGUGUAAUGUGUUGUAAGAGGCAUGAUGGAGAGAGGCAAAGGUAGGCAAGAGCAACAUAUCUUUAUUGCCGUAAGUUUUUGUUGCACUGGACACGGUCAUGGUAGGGCAUUAUUUCUGAGAAUGAAUGGAUAUAGGAUUGAGUACAGAGCCAUGAUUAUGAUUGUCAAUGUCUGUUCCAGAACCAGUGCUUGAGAGAGAGCGAGAGAGUAAAUGGUAGUGACUGGAAAGGUAGGUAGUAGCAUUUUCAAAUGAGGGUUUUAAGCAGCAGAUGGUACGAGGGUAGUAUUUUACUUUUGUGAAGACUCAUUUCGUUGUGGGUCAACUUGUUGCAUUGUUGCUGUACAGAGAUGGGAAAAUUAUUUUAUUUUUUCUUUGUUUGUUUUUUUCUUUGAUACCUUGAUUGCUCACUAUUGAUUGAUUGAUUGAUUGUUUGAUGGAUUGAACACCUUAUAUUGCCACUUCAAGUAUGCAUGUGAUGAAUUAUUAAAUCAUAUGUAUUGCUUUAUGUGUAGGUGUAUGGAUGUGUGUUUUACAGUAUUGUAUAUGUCAUUUGAUUUAGGUUGUUUUUUUGUUUUUUUUUAAAUCUCAGAAUUGUAUAAUUGUGACUUAAAUGGUUUCCUGUAAACU